UCCGCUCCCCCCCCCCCCAACACCGCCCCCUUCACUGUGUGGCAUUAUAUAAGCUGCUGCUGCAGGAUUUGAGCUUCAGAAAAUUAACAACCAAGGCACUGUGCUCAGCGGUCAGCAGCUCAGCAACAGACUACGUGACACCUGUUCAACAUGUCCGGCCAAGGCAAAGGAGCAUCCCACGGUGACUUGUCAGACGCGGGUUACACCUCUGCAGGGAUCACGAAGGGAUCUGUCGGUUCCAACAUGAUGUCGCAGUCAGAUGUCUCCGGCCAUGGCAAGCCCGUCGUCUCUUCCUUGCAAAGUGCCGGGGCCAGGGGGCAAGACUUCUCAGGGUCUAACCUGAGCCGCGGGGCGCUGAAUGACUCCGGCUUGACGUCGCAAGGGGUGACGCGGGGCAGUGCUGGUGCCCACAUGAUGAGCAACGUGGACAAGUCCGGUGCAGGCGGCGGCGUGAAGUCCAGUCUUCAGUCCGUAGGCGCCAAGAAGUAGCCAAACGACUGAAGCGGCUCUUGCGUGUCGGGGUGGCUAGUUGUAGGUCUCCUGUAGGAUCAUUUUAAAAGUAAUUGGUUGAAUGGCAGACUUUGUGAUUUGUUAGUCACAAGUGUAAUCAUUCCUUGUAAAAUUUACAUUGUUGAACCUUCAGGAGUAAACCAUUUAAAUGAUUGUAACAUUCAAUAAGAAUAAAGUUGUUCCAGUAGCA